GGAGUAAUGUGGCUUUCAUGAAAUCAGAUUCCUUGUCUUCUUCACGAAAACGCUUGACCCCGUUUGCAUUGCAGGUUCCACGUGCCCCAUCUCCCUUUCUCUCUGUCUCUCUCGCAAUUUUUUCCUUCCUUCAAAUCUAGGAAAGGCUUCUCUUAUCUUUCUCUACUCAGCUGUGGGUUUCCCGAGGAAAAUUACAUAGCAAAUGGCAAGGAAACAUAUACUAUACGACGCGGGGAGACAAAAUUAGAGAGAGAACGGGAGGAGGACGGGGGAGAAAGGUAAUCAGCACCGCGCCCGUACAGCGACGAUUGUGAACUUGCACCGAUUCGAUUCACUGUCUCUUCUUCUUCGUGUUCCCUCUCCUCCCCCCCCCCCCCCCCCCCCCCACACACACACACACAAACAGACACUCUCUCUCUCUCUCCGUGCCACCUUUUGAAUAAGGUACUUUUCUAUCUCUAUUGGUUGUGUGGUUAGGGUUUAUUGGAGGUCGAAACUGGCACAACUGAAGUUGAAUUAGAGAGCGCGGAAUAACAAAGCCCUAGCUUCCCCUGGUAAAUUUGUUUUCAUUAAGUUUCGAGAUUAUAUGCGUAUAUCUGUGGAUUAGGUAUGGCUUUUGAUCAAAACUCAAUACCUAAAGAUUGGGCAGUAAAUACAGCUAGGCCAAUGCCUGAGGAUACUCGCAUUGCCCCAGUUACCACAUCUGGGAGGGGCAUUGAGGGUUAUUAUGUGAAUCAGCCUCGCGAUGUUGGUACGCCUGGGAUUUACUACCCGGCAACAGUUUCAGAAUCCGGAUUUGUUGGUAUAGGGUACAGUAAUUUGGUGCCAGGAGCUGCCUGUUGGGGCCUUCGGACACCCACUUCUUCUGUUUCGCCUCCUCCUGCUAUUCUGACAGCUGGUUAUGGCCAGAAUCUGAAUUAUGGGACACGGGUCAGUGGCAAUGCCUCUGAUCAGGCUAGUGAUGAGGGCGGAGAGGAUUCAGUUUCAGGAAAGAAAGUUAAGUUUUUAUGCAGUUUCGGGGGAAAGAUUCUUCCAAGGCCAAGUGAUGGGAUGCUGAGAUAUGUUGGUGGGCAGACUAGAAUUAUAAGUGUUAGAAGAGAUGUAAGCUUCAAUGAAUUAGUUCAGAAGAUGAUUGAUACUUAUGGGCAAAAUGUGGUUAUUAAGUACCAGUUACCUGAUGAAGAUCUUGACGCACUUGUAUCAGUUUCAUGCCCUGAUGAUCUUGAGAAUAUGAUGGACGAGUAUGAGAAGUUGGUUGAAAGGUCUUCUGAUGGGUUGGUUAAGUUAAGGGUGUUUUUGUUCUUGCCCUCGGAGAUUGAUUCGUCAACUAUGGUGCAUUUUGGUGAGUUGCAAGAUAGCGGGCAGAGAUAUGUUGAGGCCAUAAAUGGUAUGAGGGAUGGAGUUGUUGGUGCUAUAACAAGGAAAGAUAGCAUAGCAAGUGCAGCUUCCACACAGAAUUCAGACUUGAGUGCAACUGAGGCUAUUGAUAGCUCAGGCAUCUGUCAAUUGGAUCUUACUGGAACCCCAUCUGUUGGCAUCAUAUCGCCUACUGCCAAUUCUGCCUCUUCUCAAGAACCUGCUUCCAGAUUAUUGUGUGUGGAUACUAGCCCUGCAAUCUAUGCCGAAGCUUCUAAUGCACCGUUGAGUAUUCCAGUGGUUUUGUCAGGUCCUAGUCAAACACUCUCAUCUCGGCCUGAACACGCAUUAGAAAGAUCUGCCCCUUUGACGGUACAGCAGCAGCAUGCCGGAGUUAAUUUUCAGCCUCCUCCCUCCUACUUUCAGGCUUAUGUAGAUCCUCACCAAGAAGCUUUGAAUCGGGGUGAUUAUGUGAAUGCGCAGAUGGGUUUUCCACCUCCGAUAAUGGGGACUGUUGGGCCCAUGUUCACUCAUCCACCGUUCCAAGAUAAUGUGGCUGGUGUUCCCUCCCAUCAGUUUGUCCCUGCAGGACAUGUGACCAUGACUCCAUCUAAUGUCAAUAUGAAACCGAAUUUGGUACCCUUGGUCCAGGCCCAACAUAUUGGUUUGGAUUUUCCGCCUGAUCAAAGUACAUUUGGGGCAAGGGUUUUCCAGGUCCCUGGUAGCCAAACCUACAGCCCAUAUCAAGCUCAGGUUGCACCUGCAGUGGUUGGUGGAGGCUAUGGAUGGAAUAAGGUCCCACAGCCAGAAGUGGUUUUAUCUGAGGGAUUUGUACCUCAUCAACAGGUAAUGCUUCACGAGAAAAUACAAAGAUUCAAGGACUGUUAUAUGUGUGAGAAAGCAUUACCUCAUGCACAUUCUGAUACUGUAGUACAGGACCAUAGGGAAAGUCCUUCCAGCAACGUGUCUGACUUUAACCCUCUAUAUCAUAGUCUCCAGUUGGAAGACAAAAUUAAUUCCCUGCCAAUGAACAUUGCUGUGGUAACUGGAGCUGUGGCGGAAGGUAUUGUUGAACAACAAGGAUCUGUAGCACGGCCAAUUAUUUUGAAUCAUAUAGAUCACGAAGGUGCUAAAGCUCAAUCAGCUGCAGCUGAAGCCUCACAAAAUGUUGCUAGACAAUAUGAGGACAAUAGAAUAACUAUACAAAAGACUGAAAAUCCUGGUCGCCCUAUAGUAUCAGUUCCCCAGGGUGUGUCAGGGAUGACUAUUGGCCUACAAUCUCCAUAUGUCACAGGCAUGCCUACCCAUUCUCAAUUGUGCCAGGAGAAUACUGUCCAGCAGCUUGCUACGCCAUCCCACCAAACAGUCAGGCAGGAAUCAUUAGUGAAUAAGCCAAUUAAUAGUGACAUCCAUCCUGGUGUAAGUAUGCCCUUCCAAAUGCCAGAUCAGGUUGUGCAUGAAUAUCCAACAGACUAUUCAAGCACGCAUCCAGGCAUUAUUUCUAAGGAAGAUAUUGAAGGGAGGAUGGAAAAUCUCCGGAUAAGUCCAUCUGACAUUUACGUUAAUAGUAAACAGAGUAAGUCACCAGGUGAUAGUCCUUUGAAGGAAGACAUAUUAGACGCUAGAUCACAGCAAAUUGUUGGCGGAGAACCUUAUCUAGAAAACAACUUUGCAAAAUCAAGAGUGGUGUCGGACAUGAAUCACAUAACAAAAGUGUUGCCCUCCUUGAAUGAGGUUUCUUAUGUGCCCAAUUUUCAACCUCAGGAGCUAUGUGAAGCGGCUCAACCACCUCUUUUAGGUAAUCCCGAUGAAGGGUCUUAUGGUAACCCUGCAUUUUCUGGUGUUGAUUUCGGCCUUACAAGUGAAAUAAUGACACAUGCUGUUGAAUUAAAAGAUCUUUCACGAGAACAGCCAAAGGUUCUUCCUGCUGAUGCGAGCACUGUGAUAUCCGGUGCAACCAUGCCAUUCUCUCUUUCUCCCUCUAACAGAGUUGGGGAUAUGCAUGACACCUCAAACUCACUUUUCAGCAAUCUAGAUCCAUGGAAGUCGCGGUAUGAUUCCCAAUUCCCUCCACCCAAACCUAAUAAAAUUGCAACAAGAAAGGAAGGUUUUGGUACACGAGAUGCUUUUGGGGAGAAUCAUUUGGGUAACAGUGGAGAGUUGCCUAAAGGCAAUAAUGGGGAACUAACUGCAGAAAUGCAGUUGGAGGAUGGAGUUUCUACUGGAAAUGCAAAGAUGGAUUCCGGCUCAGAUCAUGGUAGGACUAGCCAAGGUUCAGCAGAGGAACUGAUCAAGCAAGAACUUCAGGCUGUUGCAGAGGGUGUAGCUGCUUCUGUUCUAUAUUCAUCUACUUCUAAUCCUAGCAUAAUCUUGCAGGAGAGGACUGAGACUCUUUCUGAAUGCAGUCAAAAUCUUAAAUCUCAAACUAAUGAUGUUGAAUUGCACAAAGCUAACUAUGAGGAUGUCUCAGCCAAAAUACCAGAAAAGACAAAUUUAGGGUUUCCUGUAUCAGAUGAGCUUGGUCGCUUACAGAUUAUAAAGAACAUUGACCUUGAGGAGCUCCAAGAAUUGGGUUCUGGCACUUUUGGUACCGUUUAUCAUGGAAAAUGGAGGGGUACUGAUGUUGCAAUCAAACGGAUCAAUGAUAGGUGUUUUGCUGGGAAACCUUCAGAACAAGAACGCAUGAGGGAUGACUUCUGGAAUGAGGCAAUCAAGCUUGCUGAUUUGCAUCAUCCAAACGUGGUGGCCUUCUAUGGUGUUGUGCUUGAUGGUCCAGGGGGUUCAGUGGCAACAGUAACAGAAUAUAUGGUUAAUGGUUCUCUAAGAAAUGCUUUGCAGAAGAAUGAGAGGAGCCUUGAUAAACGCAAGCGUCUUAUAAUUGCUCUUGAUGUGGCUUUUGGAAUGGAGUACUUGCACGGGAAGAAUAUAGUACACUUUGAUUUAAAAAGUGACAACUUGCUUGUCAAUCUUCGUGAUCCUCACAGGCCUAUAUGCAAGGUUGGUGAUUUGGGAUUGUCCAAGGUGAAAUGUCAGACACUUAUCUCAGGUGGUGUGCGGGGUACUCUGCCUUGGAUGGCACCUGAGCUCCUGAAUGGAAGCAGUAGCCUUGUCUCUGAGAAGGUUGAUGUUUUCUCGUUCGGGAUUGUGAUGUGGGAACUUCUUACUGGGGAAGAACCAUAUGGCGAUCUGCAUUAUGGAGCUAUUAUAGGUGGCAUCGUAAGCAACACAUUGCGGCCCCCUGUCCCGGAGCCCUGUGACCCGGAAUGGAGAUCACUGAUGGAGAGAUGUUGGUCAGCCGAGCCAUCAGAAAGGCCGAGCUUCACCGAGAUCGCAAACGAAUUGCGGACCAUGGCAUCUAAGCUCCAAACAAAAGCCCAAGCUCAGCAACAGGCACCUCUGGCACAGACUCAGGCUAAAGGCUAAUUCCAGACUUGAAUUUCUCUUUCUUUUCUCUUCUUUUCUUAUUCCACUUUUAGAUUCAUUUUUCUUACAUGUAAGAAGGAAGGAAGGAAGUCAACAGUAGUUGUUGAUAUACAAAAAAACUUUUUAAGUUUUUGAAUCUCAGUACCACCAGAGCCGGCGCGUUUUAUAUAUAUAUAUAUAUAUAUAUGUUUUUCUUUUUA